AAAAAAUAUAACAUUUUCUAAGAUAUGGGGUUUCCCACUCUCCCUUCUUUAAUAGGAAUAUUCUUCCUUAUUGCUUCGGGCUUUGCUGAAAAAGCUCCAUAUUCUUUCGUGAGAGAAGGUACCUCCGCGCCGCCGGUAGAGUACUCCGACUACAUAGUCGUCGGCGGCGGCACCGCCGGAACGCCGCUUGCCGCCACACUCUCCGCCGCCACGGCGAAAGUGUUGCUCCUCGAGAGGGGCGGGCAGCCGUACGGAAACCCGUCGGUCACCAACAUAAAUGGCUUCGGACGGACCCUAGCGGACCCCUCGCCGACGUCGCCGGCGCAGCAGUUCGUAACCGCCGACGGAGUUUUCAACAACCGGCCGCGAAUUUUGGGCGGCGGCACCGCAGUUAACGCCGGAUUCUAUUCGCGCGCCGAGCCGGAGUUUUUGAGCCGGCUGGGAUUGGAGCCGCGGCUGGUGGAGGAGUCGUAUAGGUGGGUGGAGGAUAAGAUAGUUUUCCGGCCGCUUGUCCGGCAAUGGCAGGCCGGGUUCCGAGGGGGGCUGGUGGAGGCCGGGGUGGUUCCGGACAGAGGAUUUACGUACGAGCAUUUGAUGGGGACGAAAGUUGGGGGGACAAUUUUUGAUGAGAAUGGGACGAGGCAUAGUGCAGCUGAUUUAUUGGAGUAUGCGAAUUCGAACAACAUUGUUGUUUAUUUGAAUUCGAUUGUGCAGAAGAUACUGUUUCGAACAUCACCAGGGCAAAAGCCUAAGGCCAUUGGAGUAAUCUUUAAAGACUCGGCUGGUGUCCUGCAUGAGGCAAGAUUAAACAAUGGGUCAUCAAAUGAGAUCAUUGUAGCCUCUGGUGCAUUAGGUAGCCCACCUCUAUUGAUGAUGAGCGGUAUUGGGCCGGGCCGACAACUUCAGGCCCAUCAAAUACCGAUCGUAUUGAGACAACCAUAUGUCGGCCGAAAUAUGGUCGACAAUCCUUUCAACGGAGUUAUAUUUCCUUCCCGUAGGCAAUUGGAAUAUUCUUUGGUCGAGGUUGCCGGAUUACCCGACACUAACAAUUAUCUCGAAUCAAUUAGUAUGUCCUUAAACUUUUCAGCACUUCAUGCGUCGGCCCAAAAUUACGCAAAAAUAGCAAAUACGACAUUACCUACUUUCGAAAUUCCCAAUAACAUCUACUUACCGAGUGGAGUCAAUACGACGACACCGUUCCAAGCGGGACAAUUGCUAGAGAAGAUUAAGACACCUUUCUCGAAGGGCGAUAUAGAGCUUGAGAAUCGAGAUCCGGAUAGGACUCAAAGGGUAACAUUCAACUACUUGAAGGACUCUAGGGAUGUCGCAAGUUGUGUCGAAGGCCUUAAGAUCAUCAAAAGGGUUACGGAGUCUAAUUCGCUAUCAUCAUUCCGAUACCCUUUAGCCUCAUUUACGACGUACUUGGCAUUAGGAUUGGCAUUUCCCACCAACUUGAACGUAAAACGCUUGUCGUCAUUGUACUCUCUCUCGCAUUAUUGUGUGGAUACGGUGAGAACGACGUGGCAUUACCAUGGAGGGUGCCAAGCGGGUAAGGUCGUCGACCGUGACUACAAGGUCAUCGGCGUGGAUGCAUUGCGCGUUGUCGAUGCAUCAACGUAUGAUCAGUCUCCGGGAACUAAUCCUCAAGCCACAAUUAUGAUGCUCGGAAGGUAUAUGGGAAUAAAAAUUCUCCAACAACGGUCGAACUAAUAUAUAAUAUAUAAGUUUAUUAAGUUCUAAACAUUUUCAAUAAAUUACUAUUGGAGGGGAUGAAUAAAUAAUCAUAAAUAAUUUUCUUUAAAUUUUAUAUGCAAGCUGGUUUUAUAUUUCCCUUCUCGUGUAUGAACAAGAUAAAAGAAUUAUUAAUAAUUAUUAUUGUUGUUGUUGUUGUCGUAGUCGUCUUAA